GUCUUAUAUAACAGUUUACUGAAAGCUUGAUUGAAACCCGGCUUGGCUUCAACUUUGUUUCCGUUAGUUGUCAGACAGAGGUGUUCAUAGUCCCUCCUAGUUAGUGUGUAUUUCCUGCUGUCAUGUUUAUAACUGAGUAACCUAUCUUUUUUUUAACUCCAUGACAGUUAAGCCUUGAUGAAGCUAGGUAGCUUGCACGCCCGGAAAGGGUAGACAUUCCGCUCGGAGGUCCGUUGUGAAGACCCAACCGACAGCCGCGACUUUCGCUUGUCGAAGUCUUUCUCCAUGGAGUCUACCCAGCAUACCAAGUCAGCCGGGGACUUCCCAUCUAUCAGCCACAAACCCCUCGCCCUUGACAGCCGCCCGCCACCAGCAUGCAGCCCACGCACGCGACAACCCCCACACCCCCGCCCUCACGACCACGCCCAAGCCAUGCGCAUCCUCCUAGCAGACGCCACCAUGCUCAUCAUCCAAGGCAUGUUCUUCGUCAACCACCUCCGCCGCCUCCUGGACUCCGCCCACUGCGCAGCCGACCCGACCCACAUGGCCAAACCAGCCUCCUCCUCCGCCUCCUCCCUCCCCCUUCCAACCCCACUCCUGCACUACCCCUGCUCCGCGCCCAUCGCAAGCCGCCUCAGCUUCCUCACCCUCCGCAUCGCCACCGCCUACCGUGCCGCCUUCCUGCUCCCACCCGGCGAGCUCUGGGUACCCCUGGUGUCCACCGUCAUGGCGGCGCAGCUCCUGGCGCUGCUGCUGCUGCCGCGGGGGCUGUACCUGACGGCAGGGCGGCGGGUGUGCAUGGUGCUCAUCGGCCUGCUUCCCAAGGCCGCCAGCCUGGGCUGCUUCCUGGCAUUCCCUGGAGCGCAGCCCAGCAGCUACUUCAGCACCUACCUGCCGCUGGAGGGCGCCAUCACCGUGUGGCAGCAGCUGGUGUACAAUUACCCCUUCUGGCCGGGCAUGCUGGUGCUAGCUGCCCACUGCGCCCUCUCCACCGCCAUCUGCAUCCUGGUGCAGCCACGCCCCUUUCACCCCUUUCACCCCCUCCAGCAGCAGCCACCGCCGCUGUUCAACGCCGCCUGGAUCCUGACGCAAACCUACGUCUGCGCGCUCCUGGCCACCGCCGUGUCCCUGCAGCAGAACCCCGCCGCGCUGCAGUCCCUCCGCGCGGCGCUUCUGCACCGCCGCCGCCGCCGCCAUCGUGGCCGUCCCACUGGCGGCAGCGGCAGCGGCGACGGCAGCUCCGCUGCUACCGUGCCUUCGCCAGCUGAGCCGCGCUCGCAGGCUAACAUGCAGACGGAGGGUAGCGUAGUAAAGCGCGGUGUGAACGGCAGUAACAGUAACAGCAGCACUGGCGGAGGCGGAGGCGGGAUAGUAGGAGGGGACAGGGCUGACGUCAGCAGCAGGAGCGGCGCUGGAGAAGGCGGAGGCGGCGGCAGCCAGAGCAGCGGGCACAAGCACCAUCAGAGCGGCAGCAGCAGCAGCAGCAGUGGUUCCUCAACGGAGGCGCUGCUGCUGCAGUGCGUGUGGAAGCUGCUAAGGGGCAGCGGCAGCGCAUGUACGACAGGAACUGGCGGCGGCGGCGGCGGCAGCAGCGGCAGCGGUGGCAUCGGCGAUACGUGGCGCGAGGAGGUAUCCAGCGAGGAGGUGCCGGUACCGGUAACCAGGGAGAGCGGCAGGGGCUCGCCCCAGGGUGUUGACAGCGGCUUCCCGCCCUCUCUGGCGUCCUCGCUGCCACCUUCGGAGCCGCCGAGCGCCGCCGGCAGCGGCAGCCAGCUGGCGGGGGCAGCGCUGGCCAGGGCUGCAGCAGCAACCGCCUCCGCGGCAGCAUCAGCCACUGCCGCCGCCGCCGCGGAAGACGCCGUGGCGGCGGUGAUGGUGCGGGCAGUAACGGGGCAGCUUGCGUCGGCCGCGGCUCCUCGGCGGCAGGAUGGGGUAUCGGAGGAUGCGGUUGCGGUCAUUGCCGGUGGCGGUGGAGGCCGUACGGCGGUGGCCGCUGUGGCAGCAACAGGGAGGCCGGUAAGCUGCGGUGGCGAGGGUGAGGUUGAUGAGGUGGCAACAACCGCUGCAGCUGCUGCUGCGGUGACAGCAGCAGCAGCUGCAGCCAGGCAAGUAGAGGCCCCACUAAGCAGCAGCACGACGACAGCGGCGAUUGCUUCCUGCCUUCCCGCCAGGCGCGGUCCUCAGGGCCCCAGAGCCCGGGUCAUGCCGCUACCGCCGGCCGGCGCCUUCAGCCUGAAGCAGCCAACGGGCCUUAACCGGCUGACGAUUGAGGAGGAUCAGGAGUUCCAGGCGCCUGCCGCAGUGGCAGUGGGCGUGUCUGCGGGUGUGCUGGUGGCUGGCGGCGCGGGCCUGCGAUUGGGCAGCUUGAGCGGGGCGUCAGCGGGCCGGAGUGGCCGCAACCGGCGCUAUCGCUCCAGGGCUCCCCUGCUACGUGUGCACAUGAAGGUGCCGUGGGCUGAGCCCGCCCAGCUGCCCGGCAGCUUCCUGGAGCGGCUGAGUGUGGCGCUGGAGGAGGGGCUAGGGCGGGACUGCAUGCUGGCGGGCGCGGCGGUGCGGGCGGGCUGCAUCGAGCUGGUGUUCGACCUGCUGCCACAACAGGACGCGUACGACCUCGGCCCCGGCUCCCAUCAAUCCCCCGCCAUGCACCGCCUGCUGCGCUCCUGGCCCCUCAACCCGCCACCCAGCCCCCUGCCUCACCCUCACCCCCACACUCAACUGCUUCCAACAGCCGCCCCGCAACCACCGCCACCGCACCCGCCGCAGCCGCACCCGCCGUCUGAAGCAGCGGCAGCUGCUGCGCUUGCGGCUGCUGUUGCUGCCGGGCAUGCUGGCUGGGGCGAGGCGGGAGGUGAGUGCGAGGGGUGGCUGCUGGACUCGCAAGGCGCGCUGGAGGCGGCGGUGCUGUCGGGGCGGCUGCCGCUGGGGGAUGCGGACCCCGCUGCGUGGAUCGAUGCGCUGCACCUGCAGCCGCCGCCGGGCGCACAGGUGCUGACGCAGGCGUGUGGCAGGGUGUGGGUCAGCCGCUGGGACGCCUGCCUGCGCCAGUGGCUGCCCGAGCGGGCGGGCGGCAUGCGGCCCUGCCAGCUGCCCCGCAUCACCCGCGUGGAGCCGCCCUGCAUCCUCGUACGCAGCAGGGAAGGGGGAGCAGGGGCAGGGAGCAGACAGCGCAGGAGGGAUGCUGCUGUACCCACACCUGCACCUGCACCUGCUGCUGGUGCUGGUGCUGGUGCCGUGGGGUGUGUUGGGGCUGCUGCCGCAGACGGGGGUAGCACCGGAGGUGAUGGCGGUGGGGGCACCCCUUCCUGCACCUACUCGGCUUUUGCGUCCAGGAGCUGCCAGCAACGUGGGUCCUUGCAGGGGCCGGCAACAUCAGCGUCACCAUUAUCAGCAGCAGCAGGGCCGGCAGCUGCCAGUCUGCGCGUCACGGUGUCCAAUGCGGGCAGUGCGCCCGCCUUCUCAGCUCGGUGCCGGGGCAGGUACCUACCCGUCACCAUGCACCCCCUCACCCCCUCCACCACCACCUCCACCACCACCACCACCAUCCUCCUCAACCACACCACCGCCGCCAACAGCAGCAGCACGGGCGCCAUUGCUGGUCUGCACCCCCACUGCCAGCAGCCGCAGCGUCAAGAUGUGGAGGGGGCGGGCAGCCACACCCCGCUAGCCCCCGCACCACUGAGCUCCCCGGGCGCCUCAUCAUCAACCCACAUGCCGCACCAACCGGGUGGCGCCGACGCUGCUGCUGCUGCUGCUGCGGGUGGUGCUGCGGGUGCUGCUGGUGCCGACGCUGCUGCGGGUGGUAUCGCGGGUGGUUAUGGCGGUGGUGGGGUUAGUGGCGGGUGUGCUGCUGCUGCUGCAAGUGGUGCUGCUGUGCGGUUGGAUGUGCCGGUGGGUCUGCUGCCUCGCAACGGGCUGGUGGUGGUGGAGUGCAGGGUGGGGCCGCUGCUGUCCAACUGGCGGCCGGUGCUGGUGACGGAGGACCCCCGCCUGGCAGCGGAGCUGGGCAGCGUGCUCGGGGGCGUGGGAG